AGCAAAUGGUCUCACACAAACACACACACACACACACACACACACACAGACAGACAAAACGGAGUGAAACUCAGGUUGGAGGUUUGUUUCUCAGCUCAACUCGGGAAGUAGGUGUCCAUCAGAAUGACAUUCCUCACCCUGAUCCUUUUGACCUCUGCUUUGUCUCUCUGCUCAUCUCUGGAUAUCAACCCGAAACCAUGCAUGCGAGCAAAGUACAACAACGCUCACGCCAGCUUUCUCAAGCGGCAUUUGCCUGAUGGUGUGCCGAAGACGUGGGACCAGAACGUGUGGAACGCACUGCUCAGGCAGAUCAAGACGUGUGGCAGACCCACUCAGUCAUUUUUCCAUGAGAAUGACAGAGAGCGUGUGAACGCAGUGUGCACCAAGGCUGGUGGAAAACAGCACUCUGACAACCUGUGCAUCAGCAAGGAGAAAUUCUCCUUCGUGACUGUGCGUGUGAAUGUGAAUGAGGGAUUGUGUGGCAUUAAGAGUAUACGCAAUGAGACCAAACACAUCAUCCUUGGGUGCGACGAGGUCGAGAACACGUGUCGUCCUGUUCAUUUUGAGGGUAACCCGAACAGUCUGACGCCCAGUAAUAAUCAGCCCGACUGUGGAGAACGCUCAGGGUCCAGCUCAGGAUUUAAAGCAACCAUGUCCAAAAGCCUUCUAGUCUUCAUUUUAGUAGCUUUGACUUAUAUUUUGUGAUAUGGCAAAUUGUUGGGAAGGCACAGCCAAUCAGUUCAUUUCAAUUUCCGGUGAGUCGAGAGCACCGAGAACCUCAUGGUCUUCCUACCGCAUGGACUGAACUUACCUAUUGCUCCAUUAAAGUGGAUAUGUGUUGUGUUGUGCAUCAAUAACAACAUGUAAGUCCUUUAACGAAUGUUGUUUAUUGAAUGUCAUAUAUGACAGCAGUAGUUAAUAAGUUGCCGUGAGUUUGUUUGUUCGUUAAGUGACGACAGUAAUCCAAGGCCCUUGCCUAGACUGUUCAUCAAACUCAUAUUUACUAUAUACUUGAGUUUUUACGAUUGGUAUUGUUGAUUGAUGUUUCCAGUAUUGCGUACAUAAUUGAAUAUGGUACUACCACCAGAGAAUUCAUGUUUACUAUGGACAGUUAGCAGUAUAAAUGUCAGUUAGUGUUAUUGAUGAUGGAAGUUGCUGAUAUUUGUCUGAUUAUUGUCUAUUAUUUAUUGUUUCAGACCACAAACACACCUGUCCGAUUACCUCACCUGUCCGAAGUGCCUUAAAAACACAAAUCAUACUGACAAAUGUUCUGGUUACACACCAGUGUUAAAUAAAGUAUUGGAUUGGAUUAAGUAUUGGAGUGUUGCAUUAGAAUACACUAUGUUGAGCUGACUCUUAUAGAGUCUUAUUUGGGUCCAGCUAUGAGUGUUAAUUCAGCAGUGUCGGUACCAGUUCAACACUGGCCUGAGGAUUUUGCUAUGCAGCUUUAUUGUAUAUGUGUGUACAAAUAUUCAAGCUGAGCUAUGUGAUAAAAUAAAGAGUAAAAUAAAAAGUAAAACAUUUUGACUGGCAAGAUGCUAUACCCAAAAUGAACAAAUAAAGCUUCAGAAAUUGAAAAUGGCUAUAAAACAUUCUUAACUUGUUAAGAGUCAAACAGUAUCAGUAUCAAGUAUCAGUAUAAUCUCAUACAGUAUCACCAAACUUCUUUGAGACUUAUUUGUCUGGUGGCAGGUUAUGGGGUUAGAUUUAAUUGUGGGGUGUGUAAUUAUAUGUGGACAAAAUGGUAUGUUGUGGCUAUCGAGUAGUAAACACUCCACUAGGACUACACCUUGUUCUUACUCUCAGACUGAAAGCCAAGUCUGAAACAUUUAUUAACAUUUAAUACAUAGAUAAACAAAGUACUGUUGAAUAUAUCGCCUGGUAGUUAGAGAGAUAUGAAUCAUUUUAGAAGACAUUUUUCUCUUCCUGUUGAUCUGAUGUACAGACACAUGAUGAUGUUAAAGGACGAGCUUGAGAAAGUUAAAUUUCCUCUUCACCCAAAAUCAACCAUAUUUAUUUCUUUAAUUUUGCACUGCAGGUACAAAGCUAAAGGUGCAAACAAGGAAAUGAAGUCUGUCUCACCCAAAAUCUUUCAACACAUCAUAAAUGUCAACCUCAGACUGCAGUUUUUACGUAAUGUUUUCACAGACUUGCUGAAGCGGAUUUCCCACCGCAAUUUGGUAUCAGUUCCCAAGUUCAAAGGCAGAAUUGUACAGGUAAGCUAAAGGUUACGUGGAUGACAAUUUUUCUACUAAAUGAAAUUUGAAAAUAGUACUAUG